GGGCUCAAUUCAACCUCUAUUUUUUUUUUAAAAAAAAAAAGGCAACUAAGAAGCAGUUCACCAUGUCGACUCCGGGUGCUGGGCACGAGUUUCCCUCGAAGGAGGUCUCUUGGCAAAAGAGAGAUGUACUGCUCUUUGCGAACAGUAUCGGGUGCAAGGCUGAUGAGCUGCACUUCCUCUACGAACUUCACCCUCAGUUUUCCGUGUUUCCGACCUACUCCGUGAUUCUUCCUUUCAAACUCACAGAACAAGAAGUCACCGAUUUCUACGCGCGCCAACAGGCCAAUCCUGUCCCCGGUGUACCGAACUUUGACUAUCGCCGGGUGGUAGAUGGUCAGCGUAAGCUGACCAUCCUGAAGCCUCUGCCGCCCACCAGCGCCGGCAAGACAUUUGAGCUCCUCAACAAGGUUAUUGGCGUUUAUGACAAGGGCAAGGCCGGCUCAGUGAUGGAAUCGGAGCAGGCGGUUGUUGAUAAGGUGACUGGCGAAGUCUAUUCGAAGACUGUCAGCAACACUUUCUUUGUUGGACAGGGCAAUUGGGGCGGACCGAAGGGAUCUGCAACUAUUUCCUAUCCUCCUCCGGAAGACAAGAAACCCGACGCAGUUCAUGUCGUAGAGACUACUUCGGAAACGGCACUUCUCUAUCGCUUGAACGGCGAUUAUAACCCUCUACAUGCCACCCCUGAGCCAGGUGCGAAGAUGGGCUUUGGAGGCACCAUCAUCCACGGCCUGUUCAGCUGGAACACUGCCGCCCACGGCGUUUUGAGAGAGCUUGGAGGCAGUGAUCCCAACAGCCUUAAGGAGUUCCAGGCUCGCUUUGCUUCUCCAGUUAUACCGGGCGACAAGCUGACAACUGAGAUGUGGCGGACGGGAGACGUCAAGGAGGGUUUGGAGGAAGUUAGGUUUGUGACGAAGAAUCAGAACGGCAAGGCUGUAUUGAGCAACGGACGGUGUCUCUUAAAGGUGACGGGGCCGACAAGCAGGCUUUAAAAUGGGGUAACUGCUCUAUCAUUUCGAAUAACUGCCUACUCUUUUCGUAGAGCGUAAUGUCAACUGUUGAGAGAAGAGCUGCCAUGCGCUAAGAUAGUAUAAUCAUUGAUCAAGAUUUGAAACCCGUCGAAGGCUCCAUGACCCACACAUUUAUUGAUCCAAUCUGAA